AAGGGGGCAGAGGGAGAGAGACAAGAAAGUGGAAGUGGGGGAAAAAACCGUCGACCAUGUCGACGGCCUUCUCCGACUUCGGUCCGCUCACGGAGCGGCGGCGCGUCGAGAGGCAGCGGCAGCAGCGUAGGCGCGUCAUGCUCGCCGCCGGCGCCGCGUCGAUCGUGCUUAUCCUCAUUGUCAUGGGCGGCGCCGCCGUCGCGUACAACGCCAGCGUCCAAGACGAGUCGUCCUCGUCAUCCUCGUCCCCUUCCUCCUCCUCCUCCUCCGGCGGCGGCGGCGGCGGCUCGGGUUCUAAGUCGAACCUUAUCAGCGCGUCCAAGAGCGUCAAGAUGAUGUGCUCGCAGACAGACUACAAGGACGCCUGCGAGAAGAGCCUGUCCAAGGCGGCGGCGGCGGCGAACGCCAGCGCGUCGUCGCCCAAGGACAUGGUCCGAGCCGCCGUGGCGGUGAUCGGCGACGCCCUGGCGGACGCGUUCAACCGGUCGGAGGUGAUCAAGAGCGACGACCCGCGCGUGAAGGCCGCCGUCGCGGACUGCAAGGAGAUCUACCAGAACGCCAAGGACGACCUCGGGCGCACGCUCCACGGCAUCGACGCCGGCGGCAUGAACGGGGUCGCCAAGCACAACUACGAGCUCCGCGUCUUGCUCAGCGCCGUGAUCGCGCACAUGGAGACGUGCAUCGACGGCUUCCCCGACGGCGGGCACCUCAAGAAGCAGAUGACUGCCACGAUGGAGUCCGGCAAGGAGCUGACCAGCAACGCGCUGGCCAUCAUCGAGAAGGCCUCGUCGGUUCUCGUCGCGCUCCACAUCCCAGGGUUCACCGCCCACCGGAGGUUACUUGGCGACAACGACGAAGCAGAAAACAUGGAGAAUCAACCUGAAGUGAAACACUCGGGUAUGUCCCUGGGCGAGCUCGAAGACGAAGCCAUGGCAGCCGACAAGCGGAGGCUGCUCAAGGGCAACAACUUCCAGGCCAAACUCAGGCCCAACGUGGUGGUGGCCAAGGACGGCAGCGGCAAGUUCAAGACCAUCAACGACGCGCUCAAUGCCAUGCCCAAGCAGUACACCGGAAGGUACCUGAUCUACGUGAAGCAAGGGGUGUACCAGGAGUACGUGACCAUCACCAGGGCGAUGGAGAACGUGACCAUGUACGGCGACGGCGCCAUGAAGACCGUCAUCACCGGCAGCCGGAACUUCGCCGACGGCCUCACCACCUACAAAACCGCAACCUUCAGUACACGUGCAAGGCGACGGGUUCAUCGCCAUCGCGCUGGGGUUCCGGAACACGGCGGGCGCGGCGAAGCACCAGGCGGUGGCGCUGCUGGUGCAGUCGGACAGGUCCAUCUUCCUCAACUGCCGCAUGGACGCGUACCAGGACACGCUGUACGCGCACUCCAAGGCGCAAUUCUACCGCAACUGCGUCAUCUCCGGGACCAUCGACUUCGUCUUCGGCGACGCGGCGGCGGUGUUCCAGAACUGCAUCCUGCUCCUCCGGCGGCCGCUGGACAGUCAGCAGAACAUCGCGACGGCGCAGGGCCGCGCCGACGGCCGCGAGAGCACGGGCUUCGUCUUCCAGUACUGCCGCUUCGCCGCCGAGGCGGGGCUCAGGGACGCGUCCCGCCCGCCCAUCCGGAGCUACCUCGCCCGGCCAUGGCGGGAGUUCUCGCGCACGCUCAUCAUGGAGUCGGAGAUCCCGGCCUUCAUCGACAAGGCAGGGUACCUGCCGUGGAACGGCGACUUCGGGCUCAAGACGCUGUGGUACGCCGAGUACGGCAACAGGGGCCCCGGCGCCGACACCGCCGGCCGCGUCGCCUGGCCUGGGUACAAGAAGGUGAUCAGCAAGGAGGAGGCCGACAAGUUCACCGUGCAGAACUUCUUGCACGCCGAGCCGUGGCUCAAGCCCACGGGGACGCCGGUGAAGUACGGCUUCUGGGCGUGAGCCGUGAGGACAUUCCUUUCCUGUGGCACGAUUUGAUGCUGCAUCGGGAUCGGAGGAGAGCAGAGGAGGACGCGAUGAAGCAGAGGAGGAGGCCAUCUUCUAUGCCUAAUUUGCCUAUGCAUGGUGAUGGUGGAUCACUAAUCUUCAGCUGUUGGGCGCAUUUUGAUCCACGGAAGGACGAGACAAGGUGCUGUGAUGCUGAGUUGCUGACCAUAAUCCCUAUCACUUGUACACAAGUAUGUAUAUGCAUUGGUUUGGAUGCUGUACAUGUAUUGAUGUAUCAGAUUUUCUUGUUCAGUGUACCAUAUUAUGAGUUGCAAAAGCAGUAAAGAGGAUAGGCGAUACCUA